AUGACCGAGACAGCCAAGUCCGAAACUCAUGCUCAUUCUAUGCACAAUGAAAGUACUAUAGAUGAGAAGGAUGCCUCUUCUACGCAGCCGCAGGCAAUUGCGGCUACGUUCGAUGCCAUUGGAGGUGCUCCGUCUCCCUGGGGUCGUGGCCACUUGCAGUUGUAUGGAGCAUGCGUUCUCAUUUACUUGUGCUCGACUAUGAACGGAUUCGAUGGAUCACUAAUGGGUUCAAUCAAUGUUCUUCCCGAGUAUCAGGCAUACUACAACCUUGGGUCAAGCGGUUCGUCGACAACUGGUCUGGUCUUCUCGAUUUUCAAUAUUGGACAAAUGUCGGGUGCCUUGUUUGUCUGGGUCAACGAUCUUUUUGGCCGCAAGAGAACUCUUGCGGUCACAGCAUUCGGUGUCUGCUGCUCGGCUGUAUUCACUGCCCUUGCUCCGACUUUGCCGGCUUUCAUUGCGGCACGAUUUCUGCUCAGCUUCUGCUCCACCAUUUGCUGCGUUGCUGCACCUAUGCUGCUGGUUGAAAUUGCGCCUCCUCUUCAUCGCGCUACCGUGGCUGGUAUCUACAACACCCUCUACUACAUGGGAAGUAUCAUAGCCACGUUCACAAUGUACGGUGCCAAUCUUCACUUGACCGGUAAUCUCAAAUGGCGACUUCCUCUCUGGCUUCAAAUCCUAUGCCCGGGAUUGGCAUGCCUGGGAAGCUUUCUGCUCCCUGAGAGUCCUCGCUGGCAAAUUGCCCAUGGGAAGUACGACGAGGCCCGUCAGUUUAUUGUCAAACAUCAUGCCAACGGAGACGCCAAUCAUCCAAUUGUUGCUAUCGAGAUGCAGGAAAUUGAGGAUUCUCUCAUCGAAGUCCGAUCACGGUCAGCCUUUGCUUACUUCGACGUACGGAGCUUAUUCAAGUCUCGUUCCCGGCUCUAUAGGCUCAUGUUGGUGGUGACAAUGGGAUGGUUCGGACAAUUCUCGGGCAAUAAUGUGGCCUCCUAUUAUUUACCGAUUAUGGUCAAGAAUGUUGGCAUCACAUCCACAAACAUGGUUCUCUUGUUGAACGCGAUCUAUGCAGUCACGGGGUGGGUUGCAGCAACGCUGGGAGCUCGUCUGCACGAUAUUGUCGGCCGACGCAAAAUGCUCAUGGGCUCGUGUUUGGGCAUGUCGGUUACCCUCGCCAUUGUCGCUGGCACGGCCGCUUCCUAUGAGCACUCAGGAAGCGUCCCGUCGAGCUCUGCUAGUAUCGCCUUCAUCUUCAUCUUCGGAGUAAUUUUUGCCGUUGCAUUUACGCCUAUGCAGCCAAUCUAUCCAGCCGAAGUCCUGGCUAAUGAUAUGCGAGCGAAUGGAAUGAUGGUCUUCCAGAUAACAGCAGGAUGUGCCAGCUUUGUCAACACAUUUGCUGCCCCAAUUGCCAUGGAGAAAAUCAAAUAUUGGUUCUACGUCUUCUUCGUCUUUUGGGAUAUCUUCGAGUUUGCCUUCAUCUACUUGUUCUUUGUGGAGACUAAGGGUCGAACCCUGGAAGAGUUAGAUGCCGUCUUCGAGGCCCGUAACCCACGGAAAGCAAGCACCCAAAAGCUUAGUGGACAACGCUAA